AUGGUCACUAACACUAGCCACUACUCGAAACCACCUAGCACCAAAAUGACUCAAACGGUAGUGUUUGUAUUGGACGUGUCGGGCAGUAUGGGAGGUCUGCCCUCCCAAAGCCUACAGAUGGCCGUCUGGCGCUACAUCGAUGACGCGCCGGUCAAUCAACGUUUGGGUGUUGUCCUAUUUGACGACCAGACCUGGACAGCCCACCCGGUGGUACAGAUAACUGGGCCAGAUGUUAGGGUACGGCUACGACAGGCUGUGCCCCAAAUGGGCCGUGGUAAUACCAAUAUAAGCAUGGGGUUGUUGCAAGGUUUGGAGGCAUUGAAGGCGGUUAACGUGGUUACAGAGGGGGCGGUAAUAUUUCUGGUAACCGAUGGAUGUCAUUCUUAUGGUAAUUAUGUGGAUCAAGUUUUGCCGGUGCUGUUAGCGGCCAAGGUAAAAGUAAGAUGUUUGGCAAUUGGUCGCGCCGCGGACCGCAAUCUGGAUCGUUUAGCUGAGGCCACGGGCGGUAACGUGUCAUUCCUACCCAAUGUCGGACCGGAGAGUAGGGAAAUGGCCGAACGGGUAAUGAGCGCAGCCAUGCAAGAGGUGAAGGUCAGCCGUGAAAUGGCCGAAGUCGUAAUCAUCGGUGUGUACAACGAUAUCGUCACCGUUGCGGAAGACAGCGAUCAUACCGUAGUACAGGUGCCCAUCGACCGGGACAUUGGCCGUAACACUAGCGUACAGGUGCUAUCGCACGACAUCGGCUCAUUGAUUGUCACGUUUGAGUCACCCGCAGGCGCUAUGGCCGACCAGUUUGUCAUAGAUGAUAGUUUGAAACGCGCUAGGUUGAAUGUCAGGCAAUGCGCGCCGGGAGUCUGGCGACUGGUGCUCACCAAACAGCCGGGUGUUAUACGCAAAGCCAUUAGGGCUCAGGUGGUGGUCGAGAGUGAAAUGUCUGGCACUGGCAAUGCGGCGGCCAUUGAGUUGUACGUAGGUAUUAGGGGCCAGGAGGCUAACUGCCCACCACUGUUGGUGUGCCGACUGGACAAAGCUGGUGGAUCAGUGUUGGGCGCCCACCUGACCGCUACGGUGGACCGGCCGGAUGGCACCCAAACCCACACACCCCUUGACCGCUAUCACACCGAUGGUUAUUAUUAUAACUAUUUUACCAACUUUUGCGGUGCCGGUCGUUAUAACGUUAGCGUAUUGGCGGUGAAUGACGGCCCAAACACCACAUACCAGGAUAAUGAGCUUGGUGAAUUUCGCAGGCAGCGUGUGGCGCAUAGUUUUCAAUUGAGACAAGACCUGUCGGCCGUACCCCCAGACGACCAACUAUUUGAUGAACUGGUGGCCAACGGGACGUUUGCCCACUUGAAACAGAGAGACACUUGCGCGCAAUUUGUUGAGCUAGAUCAAAUACACCCUACCCAUGCAGCCCUGGUAGUCGCCCAACCGCCCCGACCCCCGAUUAGUCGCGAAAUGGCGGCCAAAAGGGGCACUCUCUCGGUGGAGUAUAUCAAGGUAAAAAAGGCGAUUAGAAAUUCAACAUUUUCCGAGUCGGAUAAAAUGACCAAGCUCGACCAAUUGUCCGAUUUUGUAUUCAUGAACUGUAGGUGA